AUGAUUGGCACUCGAAUGAUUUUACUGCGAGCUGCUAUCGUUGCAAUGACUUUGCACUCUUUCCCGGUUGUCGGGGUUCGCACGCAGGUUCACUAUAAGUGGCAGAGCAACUGCGACUACGUUGGUGGCGAUUUAAAGGCGGUAGGAGGCAUUUCCAGCACAUGCGGCCAUCUGUGCGUCAUUGAAGAAAAAUGCACUCACUGGUCGUGGACAGACGUGAACGGCGGGACCUGCUGGCUCAAGCAGAGCAAAGCGGCCUCUAUCUCCAAGAGCGCUGGUCAAGGCUUUUGCGGAUACAUUACUGACCGUGUCACCACCUCCGAUUCGACCCAGAACCAUGCACAGAACAACCCUGCUCAAAUCGACUCAAGCCCCAUUCAAUACCCUACUAUCAUUGAUCAAAACCCCGUUCCAAAGACUGAUCUUCCCAUGAGCUGGACAUUCUCGAACGAAAAGACUAUAGAGACGCCUGCCCCCGCUCAAAUCGAGCUAAACCUCGCUCCGAUCGAGCUAAACCCUCUCCAUUACCCUACCAUCAUUGAGCAAAACCCUGUUCAAAAGGCUGAUCUUCCCUUGAGCUGGACAUUCUCGAACGAAAAGGCUACAGAGACGCCUGAGGUUAAACCUGCUCAGAUCCCCGUACAAGUCGAGCAAAGUCCCGUGCAAGACAUUCCUCCUCCCAUUGAGCAGAAUCCCGUGCAAGACACUCCUCCCGUUGAGCAAAAACCCGUGCAAAAGGCUGAUCCUCCUACAGUAUCGCCUGCUCCACCAUGCGACAACGGCCUGACAACUACCGACAAUGCGAAAAUGCUGUCCUCUCUCAACUCGUAUCGCGCUGAUAACGGGCUGGCUGCAUUAGCUAUCGAUAAUCGACUCGCGGCUGCUGCCUUGGUGCAUUCACAGUACCAGGCCAAGUACUGCGUCAUGCAACACGAGGGCACAGAUGGCUCUACCCCUGGGGACCGGAUGAAGAGUCAGAACUACGUUUGGUCGUAUUGUGCAGAGAACGUGGCUGCCGGUCAGGCGAAUGUGUCGGAAGUAAUGACGUCGUGGUGGAACUCGGAGCACCAUCGUGAGAACAUUCUCAGGGUCACCGUGACGCACGUUGGCUUUGCACUCGUUUCAAACGAAGCUUGUGAGUACAAACGCUUUUGGACGCAGGACUUUGGCGCCGAGCAAACUGCAUAA